AUGUCUCGCGAUGUCCCAAUGUAUUCUGACGACGACCAGCCACUUACGGCGAGACCGGGUCAUAGCGGGCAGAAUGGCCACGUCGCGCAGAACGGCAAUUCAUGGGUGGGUGGCGAGUCGUCAUUGAGCCAAGACGAGGAGAUCCCUCUCUCCCAGGUUUCGUGUACGAACUCGGAACCCGUGACACCCGAUGUGCGCGCCUUGAAGCGGAAGAAAGCCGUUGCUGAUGACUCCUCUAGUGAUGAGGGUAUUCCGCUUGCAUCGUCGCCUGCCAAGUCUAUCGCGUCGGCCGCCACCCACAUGAACGGCGCCUGCGCAGCCACACCCACCCCCACUCCAGUGGCGAAUGGUAAAAAGAAAAUCGUCAAUGGUGUCAAGGCGGAACCUGCCAGCGACGCUGCUGGAGGAGGAGACGACGACGAUGAUGACGACGCUCCCAUCACGAAGAAGAAACGUGUUAAUGGCCACGCGAAGAGCAAGCCGCCGAGGAAGAAGGUGAAGACAGAGGAUAAUGAUCAGCGCCUCUGUGACGACUCUGAGGACGACAAGCCCAUCGUCAAGAAGGCGCCAGCCAAGGGCAAACGCAAGCUGAAGGAGGAGAGUGAUGCUGACGAGGAGAGCUUCGCAGAUGAUGAUAAGCCAUUGAAGAAGCCACGAGCGAAGAAGGCCGCGCCGAACAAGAGGGCGAAGAAGGAGGAGUCAUCCGUUACUGUCUCCAAGGCCAAGAGGAAGGCAGUAAAAGCGGAGGCGGAAGAUGGCGAGGCCACACCUAAGAAGGGGAAGAAGAAGAAGGAAGAAGAAGACGAGGUCUUCCGUUGGUGGGAGCAGGAGGAUCCCAACGGCGAUGGCACACAGAAGUGGCAAACCUUGGAGCACAACGGUGUAUACUUCCCUCCUCCUUAUGAAUCUCUACCGUCUCAUGUCAAGAUGAAGUACGCUGGUAAACCAGUUGACCUUCCGCCUGACUCUGAGGAGGUGGCUGGAUUCUAUGCGGCUCUCCUUGAAACUGACCACGCGAAGGACAAUACUUUCAACAAGAAUUUCUUCGAUGACUGGUUGAAAGUGCUAAGGAAAUAUCCUCCUAGAACCAACACUAAGAUCACAGACUUCUCCCUUUGCAAUUUCCGUCCUAUGUGGGAGUACUUCGAGGAGGAGAAGGCAAAGAAGAAGGCCUUAUCCUCUGCGGAGAGGAAGGAACUGAAGGCGGCUAAGGAUGCGGUAGAGGCCCCGUACACUCAUUGCGUCCUUGACGGUCGUAAGGAGAAAGUGGGCAAUUUCCGAGUUGAGCCUCCCGGUCUGUUCAGAGGGCGAGGCGAUCAUCCCAAGAAGGGUGCCCUCAAGUAUCGUGUCCGUCCUGAGGAUAUCACGAUCAAUAUCGGUGAAGGUGUUCCCACUCCUAAACCAAAUAUGCCUGGUAAAUGGAAGGACGUCAUCCACGACAACACUGUUACAUGGCUUGCUAACUGGACGGAGAACGUCAAUGGAAACUACAAGUAUGUCUUCCUCGCUGCGGGAAGCUCCAUCAAAGGCCAGAGCGAUAUGUCGAAGUUCGAGAAAGCGAGAGAGCUCAAGAAACAUGUGGACCGCAUCCGACAGGACUACACUACAGAUUUGAGAAAUAGGGCAAUGUUGGAUCGCCAACGAGCUACGGCUAUGUACUUCAUCGAUCGUCUGGCGCUUCGUGCUGGUAACGAGAAAGGCGACGACGAAGCAGACACCGUCGGUUGUUGUUCGCUCCGCUGCGAACAUGUGACGCUGCAGCCGCCCAACCAACUAGUCUUCGAUUUCCUGGGUAAAGACUCGAUCCGUUACUAUAAUCAAGUUGGCGUCGACGAACAGGUGUACAAGAAUAUUCGCAUCUUCAAAGAGGGUAAGGAGGACGAUGACCAGCUUUUCGAUCGCGUUCAUACCUCAUUGCUCAACAAGCAUCUCGCGUCUUACAUGAAGGGUCUCACUGCGAAGGUUUUCCGUACAUAUAACGCCUCAAUCACUUUCCAGCAACAGCUUGAUCAAGGAACCCCUGAGAAGGGAACAGUGCAAGAGAAGUUGAACGCGUACAACCAUGCCAACCGUAUGGUUGCCAUUCUGUGUAACCAUCAGAGGGCCGUUCCGAAGACGCACGAGCAGUCUAUGGGUAAGAUGCGUGAGAAGCUGCGUGGUUUCAAGUACGAACGCAUGAAGCUACGCCACGCUCUAUUCACCAUCGACUCUAAAUUUAAGAAGAAAAAGGAGUACAGAGAUGACGAGUCUGACCUCGACGACGAUGCGAUUGCAGAGCACGAAGAGCAAAUGAAAGCAAAAGAAAGGGAGAAAGCUGAGAAGAAGUUCCAGAAGGACAACGAGAAGCUCGCCGACGACGGAAAGGACCCGCAGGAAGAGUCUGUCCUCAAGGCCAAGUUUGACGAGAUUGAGGCCGAGUUUAAGAGGCUGAAGAAAGAACGAGGCACCAACAAGGCUGAGCUCAAAAGAGAUCGCCCAGUGGAAAAGAUCGAGGAGGCCAUCGAAAAGCUCGACGAGAAGAUCAAGACUUUCAAACUGCAGAUGGAGGAUAGAGAGGCAGGAAAGGAGGUAGCCUUGGGCACGAGUAAAAUCAACUAUUUGGACCCAAGAAUUACCGCCGCAUGGUGCAAGAGUCAUGACGUUCCGAUAGAGAGGAUUUUCUCGAAGACCUUGCUUACGAAGUUUCCCUGGGCUAUGGAAGUCGACUCGGAGUGGAAGUUCUAA